AUGACCGGUGCCAUUGGCGGCUGCCGGCGGACGCAGGACCUGCUGCGCGUGCGCGCCACGGACCCCCGGCCGUGCCCCAAGUGCGGCAAGAUCUACCGCUCCGCGCACACGCUGCGCACACACCUCGAGGACAAGCACACCGUCUGCCCGGGAUAUCGAUGUGUGCUGUGCGGCACGGUGGCGAAGUCGCGCAACUCCCUGCACUCGCACAUGUCGCGCCAACACCGCGGCAUCUCCACCAAGGACCUGCCCGUUCUGCAGAUGCCCACGCGCUUCGACCCGGAGCUCGCCAGCCAGCUGCUGGCCAAGGCGGGCGUGAAGGUGUCGCCGGAGCAGCUGCGGGCGCGCGCGUCGCCCACGGGCCCGCGCCGCUCCGACGUGAAGCUGGACGCCAAGUCGGCCGCCUCCGAGGGCAGCUCCGUCUGCGGCGACAACGACCACGACGACCUCAGCCAGCCGCGCUACCAGGACGCCCUGGCGCUCUCGCCGCCGCACAUCAACAACCUGACGAACACGACCAUCACGAAGGUGCCGGCCGUGCGCGCGGUGAGCGCCAAAGCGGUGGAGAGCCUCCCCCACGGCCUGGGCGGCGUCAAGCACGACGACUACCCGCCGGGAUUCGGCGGCGGCUCCGCCAUACUCGACACCUACCUGCAGUACAUUGGCGAGAACGUAUUCGGCAUGAACGCGGCGAAGCUGGCGCAGAUGAACGCGCUGCACGCGGAGCGCAAGGCGUACGAGGAGCCGUCGCCGCAGAUGGGCUCGCUGCCGCCGCCGCCCACCACGCUGGCGCACCAGCGCUUCCUCAAGCAGAUGCAGCGCCAGUACGCGGAGGGCGCGGGCCGGGCCGACAUCGCGCGCGAGCCCGAGCAGCCGCUCGACCUGGGCAAGGACCGCCACGACGCCAAGGACCCCGCCCAAGCCGAGGACCCCGCCCACGCCCAGGACCCCGCCCAAGCCGAGGACCCCGCCCGCGCCCACGACUACUUCCGCGACCGCUACGAGGGGCGCGCGCGCCCCAACGGCGCGGGCGAGCCCGACGCCAGCCCCGACCGCCCCGACUACUCCGACGACGAGCGCAACGGCGCCUCG